CCAACCCCCGGUGCCCCCAGCCUUCCCCAUUCAUUCACUCUCCGCAGCCUCGGACCUUUAUUAGGAGGCUCCCCAGCCUCCAGCUCUCAGUCCCCUUCCGCUCCAGGCCGACUCUGUCCCCUGCGACUUUCAGGGAGCUCUGGCCCAGCGCUAGCGAAAUGCAGCAUCUCCCGGUGAUCCUGGUCUGCGCCCUCUGUUCCGCCCUGGCGGCCGAGAACAACCAUGACUACAACCUCCUGUACGUGAACUUGGAUAACGAGAUCGAGAACGGGCUGCGUCCCACUGACGAAAGCUCAGUGUGCGAGUGUCGCAAGGAGCGCACGACGUGGGACCGGCUCUUCAUCAUGCUGGAGAACUCGCAGAUGCGCGAGAACAGGCUGCUGCAGGCGGCCGAGGAGGUGCUGACCGCCGAGCUGCGCAGCCUGCGCUCGGACGUGGCCCGCACGUGCGCCCCGGCCCCGGAGCCCGGCCGGCUGGCCCAGACGCUGGACGAGGUGCUGCUGGCCAGCCGCGGCCUGACGCACCGCCUGGCCAAGCUGGAGAGCGCCUGGCAGAGGGCGCUGGACGCCGCGGGCCCCGAGCUGCUGCCGCUCUCCCAGGAGCUGCGCGCCCUGCGCAGGUGGGCCGGACAGCGAUCGCUACCUGCGGGUUGUGAAACAGCACUUUUAUUCCCAAUGCGUUCCAAGAAGAUUUUUGGCAGCGUUCACCCAGUAACCGAAAUGCAACUUCGGUCUUUUAGUGCCUGCAUCUGGGUCAGGGCAACCGAUGUGUUAAAUAAAACCAUUUUGUUCUCCUAUGGCACGAAGAGGAAUCCAUAUGAAAUCCAGCUCUACCUCAACUCGUGGUCCACUGUGCUCGUGGUGGGCGGGGACCAGAACAAACUCGUCGCCAACGCUGUGGUCCCCCUAGGAAAGUGGACCUAUCUGUGCGGUACGUGGAGCUCCGAGGAAGGGACGGCAUCCCUGUGGCUCAAUGGAGAACUGGCAGCCACCGGCUCUGGGAUGGCCACAGGUCACAUCGUCCCAGAGGGGGGAAUUCUGCAGAUAGGCCAAGAAAAGAAUGGCUGCUGUGUGGGUGGGGGCUUUGAUGAAACACUGGCUUUCUCUGGAAGGCUCACUGGCUUUAACCUCUGGGACCGAGUGCUCAGCAGCGAUGAGAUCAGGCAAACAAGAGGAGAUGAUUCCUGUCAUAUCAGAGGCAAUGUUGUUGGAUGGGGAGUUACAGAGAUUCAGCCACAUGGAGGAGCUCAGUAUAUUUCCUAAGCUUUGAAAUAUCUCAAUUGGAAGCCAAAGAAGAAUACAUCCAGCCUCAGUGCAUGAUGGAAACCUGAGACCAAUGAAGGGCAGAACUGAGGCUGAGGGGUUUGGGGCUCACCCUUGAAGGAGCCAUUAUCUUGGCAAAAUAAGGAAUAAGAUGAAGAGGGGUGGUGUGUGUGUGUGUGUGUGUGUGUGUGUGUGUGUGUGUGUGUGUGUAUUUGGUGCUUUCAAACUGAAUACUGUACACUCCAACAUAAUUAAAUAGGACUUUUGUUCAACAGAAAAACAAAGCAAAGCAAAACAAAACUAUGUUCUCUGUUUUCCUAUGGGUGGCUUUAUUUUAGCCAAAAAUGAAUUUUUUAUUGAAAGUCAUAAAAAUAACAUGUGCUGUUUAUUAUUCAUCAUUAUUGGUAUAUACACUUGUAAAAAUAUGAUGAAGAAGCAUUAUUUAUACUAUGAUGUGACUUAACAAAAGCAAAUGUAGUUUACUUGGUAUAAUCCAAUGUCGUAUUUUGAGGAGAUGGUUGUAUAAGUUAUAUUGUAAAUUGAUUUUGUAAUAAUUUUAUUAAAACUAUUUUUGUAAAUUUCUACUAUAAAUUAAAAAAAUAUUUCAUCUAC